GGAGAGGCAGAAGAGACGGUCACAGAGGGAAACUGAUCCUGACGCUCUCCUCUCUUUCUCCUCUCUGGUUUACAGCUCAGUGGGCAGAGGACACUGACCUGCCUGUCCUGUGGGAGGGCCAGAGUUACACUGACUAGGCCUACCCCUGGGGUCCUGGAGAGCGCUGUCUCUGCUUAUGUCCGGCUCUCUCUCUCUCUCUCUCUCUCUCUCUCUCUGUCUCUCUUUUAUUCUCUACUCUCUCUUCUCUCUCUCUGUCUCUCUCUCUUCUCUCUCUUUGCCUGUAUUUCCAGUGAGUGCUCUCUCCUACUGUAGGUGGAGCCCUCUGUCCUGGAAUUGUGGGGCAGCUCUUCCUGUUGUGCUGGCUACUUGCUACCUCUUGCUCUCUGUCUCUGGUUCCUGGUUAAUGACAGCCCUGCUCCGACACAGCAGGAUUACUGCCUUAUGAAGACUGGUGUUAUCUGGAUUCUCCACAGUCUGUUACUGCACACCGCCACCGCCUCGUUUCCUUUGUUGUCGUUAUAAUAUGCUUUCAUGAUUUGGGUCAGAAGUUCACCCUCAACCGAAAUGUCUCUGCAGUACAAAGCGGGGCGAAAUCCAUCGAUAGCUGAUCAGCUUCCCUGGAUUUCGCUGACGACAUCGCUUUGUUGUGUGUGAAGAUGGAAACACUGGAGUCGGAGCUGACCUGCCCAAUCUGUCUGGAGCUCUUCGAGGACCCCUUGCUCUUGCCCUGCGCUCACAGCCUGUGCUUCAACUGUGCCCACCGUAUCCUGAUCUCCCAGUGCAGCCCCAACGAGCCUGUGCAGUCCACCGGCGCCUUCCAGUGCCCAACCUGUCGCUAUGUCAUCACCCUCACCCAGAGGGGCCUAGAAGGACUGAAGCGUAACGUCACUUUGCAGAACAUCAUCGACCGAUUCCAGAAGGCUUCCGUAAGCGGGCCCAACUCUCCAAGCGAGACUCGCCGUGAGCGGGCCGCCCCGGACGGCACGGCCAUGACCUCCCCCAGCGAGACGGUGCAGUGCCAGUUCUGUGAGCAGGACCCUCCCCAGGAUGCCGUCAAGACCUGCGUCACCUGCGAGGUGUCCUACUGCGACGAGUGCUUGAAAGCCACCCACCCCAAUAAGAAGCCCUUCACCAGCCACCGUCUGAUCGAGCCCAUGCCGGACUGCCACCUCAGGGGACUCAUGUGUCUGGAGCACGAGGAAGAGAAGGUGAACAUGUACUGUGUCACAGAUGAACAGUUGAUCUGUGCCUUGUGCAAACUGAUCGGUCGGCAUCGGGAUCACCAAGUAGCUGCCCUCAGUGACCGCUAUGAGAAACUCAAGAGAACUCCAGGCCGCUAUCUCAGUGAGAGGAGUGAACAGGAGGAAGCAGACCAGGAGAUCUCUACGCAAGCCUUGGACUCUAACCUCAGCAAUCUGAUUAAGAGGAACAAUGAGUUGGAAACUCUGAUGGGCAAGUUGAUCCAGACCUGCCAACAUGUGGAGGGUAAUGCAUCAAGACAAGAGAACAAGCUCCUUGAAGAGUGUGACCUCCUGAUGGACAUCAUACAGAAGAGAAGACAGAUCAUAGCCACCAAGAUAAACGAGGGCAAGGCUAUGCGGCUGCGAAAGCUAGCCCAGCAGAUCACCAGCUGCAAGCAGAUCAUUGAGAGAUCCUCAUCCCUCAUCACACAGGCUGAUCACACCCUCAAGGAGACAGACCACGCCCGCUUCCUGCAGACAGCCAAAAGCAUCAGCGAGAGAGUGUCCAUGGCAACAGCAUCCUCUCAGAUCCUGAUACCAGAGAUAAACCUGAAUGACUCCUUUGAUACGUUUGCGUUGGACUUCACAAGGGAAAAGAAGAUGCUGGAAAGCUUGGAUUACCUCACAGCACCAAAUCCCCCAAUAAUCCGGGAGGAAUUAUGUACGUCGUCGUACGACACCAUCACCGUUCACUGGACGUCAGAUGACGAGUUCUGUGUUGUCUCCUAUGAACUUCAGUAUGCCAUCUUCACUGGACAAGCCAAUGUUGUCAGUUUGUGUAACUCGGCUGAUAGCUGGAUGAUUGUGCCCAACAUCAAGCAGAACCACUACACAGUGCAUGGACUCCAGUGUGGCACCAAGUACAUCUUUAUGGUCAAAGCUAUCAACCAGGCAGGGAGUCGCAGCAGUGUGCCUGGGAAGCUCAAGACCAACAGUCAGCCAUUCAAGUUGGACCCAAAGUCUGCUCACAAGAAGCUGAAGGUCUCCCAUGACAACCUGACGGUGGAGCGAGACGAGACGUCGUCCAAGAAGAGCCACACUCAGGACCGCUUCACCAGCCAGGGCAGCUACGGCGUCACAGGGAAUGUGUACAUCGACAGCGGGCGUCACUACUGGGAAGCCUUGAUAGGAGGGAGCACAUGGUUUGCUGUGGGCGUUGCUUACAGGUCAGCACCAAAACAUGAGUGGAUCGGCAAGAACUCGGCCUCGUGGGUAUUAUCUCGAUGCAACAACUCCUGGGUAGUACGUCACAACAGCAAGGAGAUGCCCAUCGAGCCGUCCCCCCACCUGCGUCGCGUGGGGGUGUUGCUGGACUACGACGCUGGCUCCCUGGCCUUCUACGAUGGCGCCGGCUCACAGCACCUGUACACGUUCGACAUCGCCUUCGCUCAGCCAGUCUGUCCCGUGUUCAACGUGUGGAACAAGUGUCUGACUGUUCUCACGGGGCUGCCCAUCCCAGACCACCUCGAGGGGACAGACUGCCAGGAUUAACAGACCAGCUAAUGGAACACAGAGACACAAAGGGAGCAGAACAGACUGACUACAGCCUCACCUGGUUGACUUUGUGUCCCACCACCUUGUAUAAAACUGUAUAAUUAAUAAUUCUGUAUAAAACAGAACAAAAGCCAUGGUGCCAGAUAAGUCUCUAAUCAUCUUAUAGAAGUAAAUACAUUUUUUGAAUUAUUUAUGGAAACCAUUUAUUGGGUAAAACAAUAUUGUCCAUUUUAUUUCUUGCUUUGCACAUUAAUAUACACUGCUAUAUUUAUGUGUGUUGGUUUUGGGAUGCGCUUAGAGAGGAAGGUGGAUAUAACGUUUUGAAAUUCAGUCAAACUUACAGUAUUUUCAUGCAGCCCUUAGAUUAGUUUAUUUCAUUCUUACACAUACAGUAGAUUGUUUACCUUUGUCCAUGGAUCCAUCGUAAGCAGCAUGUUGAUAAGUGUUUUAUGUGUAACUUGUUGAUUUUGACAUGUCAUCAUGACACCAGUUCCUCUGAUUACAGAGCAGUUCUAACAGGGGUAUUUGUCUACAGUCUUCUGUUUCAUACAGGUGCACCAAGAUCCUCUCUAUGAUUUUUCAUAUGUAUUAGGAUGAUGUUUGUGAAAAUAAACAUGUUAAGAGUUAUUUUAAGAGUUCAUUUAUAGAUUUUUUUUUUAAUUCUAUGAUGUUAAAAAGUUGAUUAAUGGUGAAAAUGUACAUUUUAAAUAAAAGCCAUUUUAAGUGAAAUUUCGAUACACAAAUAAUGUAUUAAUUGUAAUUAGAUACAUGUGCAAUCUCUGUAAAUACCUUACUGUUUUCUUCUCACAUGUUGGCUCUGUAUGUUCAUAUACAUGUACAUUUCAAUUUGAGCAAUUUGACUUUUCUCACUAGAAUACAUUCCUUGUUAAAAAUGUAAUAAGAUUACAUCAAUUAAAUGUGAAUUGUAAUGAUAA